AUGCAUUUCUCAUUUCUCCCGCUGGCAUUUCUCGCCAUCAUAUCCCCGGCUUCCUCCUUAUCUGACCAUCCGACGCCCGCAGACUAUGUUCAGCGUGGAGGACAUUCAGUCGCUCGAUUAGGGGAUUUCAUCUACAUAGAUGGCGGUUGGAUCGAACAGUAUCAAGGUAGACAUGGCGACGAAACACCCUUUCUUACAGUAAACUCGACCUUGUCGAUCCCUCUCGGCACGUCGUGGACCAACGCGACCUUGAAUAUGACCGACAUAGAAAAAGCCGGGGCGCCAGUACUGAUUCGGGAAGCGAUGUGGACUGACGAAGCAAGGCAGUUGAUAUAUAUGUGGGGAGAUGUGGAAGGAGCCCUGUCUACGCAUGUUAAUGAUACCCUUACUUGGGAAUUAACAGGAGAUGGAACUGGCGGAGGUUCUUGGAAGUUUGAAAACUUGGAAAGUCCAUCGCAAAUGGCUGGACUGCAGCGAGCGUCAGCAGGAGCGGCGGCAACAUGCUAUAACACCGGAUUUAACCUGGGUGGCCAGACAACUACCCAGAAUGGAACGGCCAUAUUUGUCCCAGGUCUCUUGACGUACAACAUGUCGAGUCACACAUGGUCUAAUGAAUCUGCCGCUCCGUUUACCACUCAUGGAACAUCUGUGGGAGCUGAGGCUGUAUGCUUGCCAGAUUUUGGCCCACGCGGUCUUCUAUUUUUGGGCGGUAUAACCUCUGUGGACAACAACUGGCUCGACCCCGUCAGCGCCCUAUCUAAAAGUCCUGGCGUUGCCUUUGACAAUCUUACCGUGUACGAUCCAUUCACGAGAGAAUGGUACUGGCAGACUACGACGGGGAACCGACCAACGCCAAGACACGAGUUCUGUGCGGUUGGGGUUCAAGGGCCACAGAAUACAUAUGAGAUUUAUGUUUACUCCGGGUUUGCAACGCAAAGCACUUCCAUGCUGGGGGACUUCUACGUCCUUAGCCUGCCCGGCUUUAUGACUGUGGUGGGUGGGUAUACGGACCCAAGCCCGGAUCCGUGGUCCCAAGGCAUUGGAGUGUUUGACAUGUCUUCUAUGUCUCCGAGGACCUCGUACGAUCCCAAGGCUGGUUCGUACAACACUCCAGGGAUUGUCACGGACUGGUACAAUAAUGGAGGUGUAGAUUCGGUCCGUUGGUCGUCUGAAACUGUCCAGCAACUUUUUCUGGGUCAGCGUAAGCAAAAUACCACCAAUUUAAAUAUCCCCCAAAACUCAGUCCCGAAGAAACCCAAUACAAGGGUUAUUGUAGGCAGUACAUUCGGCGGUGUCGUCUUUCUUUCUAUUCUGGUCGUCGGCAUCUGGUGGUUCUGCUAUAGGAAACGGAGCAAGAUGGCCAAGAAUAAGCUUUAUAAGUCUGAAGUGAACGAAGCAGAGCUGUCUUCUUACUCCCCGGCUUUAGCCUACGAGUUAGAGCAUAAGGAAAGCACUCUAGAACUCCAAGGUUACCAAGAACCGGUUGAGAUGUAG